UUUGGAAACAGUUUUUCAAUCGUCCCUUCGAGCUUUUUCUGCAUCGCCAUCAUGCGUUACGCGGCCCUGGGGGCGGCUUUUCCCCACCCGCGGACCGUGUCCGAGUCGAUCGGUUCGAUUGCGCGAGAGCAUCGACCAGCCUGCGGUGAAAGGCAGCCUUCUGGACAGCCACGGAGGAGCACGCCUCGCCUGUGGCGGCGGCCCCCUCGACGCUUGCGCAGCUAGCAGCGGAACCGUCGCCGCCGUCGGAGCACGCCUCGCCCGUGGUGGCGGAUCCCUCGCCGCCGAUGGAGCACGCCCCACCCGCGGUAGCGGGCCUCUGGCCUCCGGCAGUGGAGCUGUCGCCGCCGAUGGAGCACGCUGGGCCCGUGGUGGCGGACUCCUCGCCGACGUUGGGACACGCUACGCCUGCGGUGGCGGACCCGUCGGCGCCGAUGGAGCUCGCCUCGCACGCAGCAGCCGUCCCCUCGCCGCCGACGGAAGAAGGCCCCUCGCCUGCGGCAGCGGGCCCGUCGCCGCCGAUGGAGGAAGGCCUCUCGCCGCCGACGGAAGAAGCCCUCUCGCACGCAGCAGCCGUCCCCUCGCCGCCGACGGCAGAAGGCCUCUCGCCUGCGGCAGCGGACCUGUCGCCGCUGAUUGAGCGCGCCUCGCCCGUGGUGGCGGACCCCUCGCAGCUGGAUCAGCACUCCGCGCCCGUGGCAGCGGGCCCGCCGCCAUCGUUGGAGAACGCCCCCUUGCCCGUGGUGGAGGACCCGUCGCCGCCAGUGGAGCACGCCGCGCACGCGGGGGCGGAGCCCCGACCGGCGGAGGAGC